AUGCUGGCAAAAUGGGCUCUUAGGCGCGUUCAGCGCAGCCUGCCGGGGAUUAGUCCCAUCAGAACAGUCAGACCCUCGUACUAUCCCCUGGGCGCUCGGUCACUUUACUCCAUCCGCAACACAUCACGCAAAAGACCACAGCAUGUAACCCCAUCACAGAGGCGUGGUUUAUUUACAUCCGCCAUUCCACCCGUCCUGAUACCGCCCGUAAUCUUCAUUACUCUACUACUGGGUCUAUGGACAUGGAAAUGCUUCUGGAUCGUCGUCAUGCAGGACAAGCUUUUGUAUAUCUCAUGGCUCCCCCCGUUCGCCCGCUCGGAGCAGAUAUCCGACUACGCAGGCGAAUCCAAGCCCGUCCACUGGGAAGAAAAGGGCAUUCGAAGUCUGGAUGGGACGAAGUUGGCUGUAUGCGAAGGGCGGAUGCCAGCUCCCGCUCGCAGCGUGGACCAGAAGCCGUAUGCCCAGGCGCAGGCGCAUGAGCCGGCACGGAAAAAGGUAGUGGUGAUCUGCUACUUCCAGGGAAACGGCGGCUCGACCCCCAUGCGUUUGCCGCUGUUGUCGCAGUUCCUGCGGGCUAUCCACUCGCCAGGCGGGGAGGUGGACUAUGUGGUCGUCGCCCUGUCGUAUCGCGGGUACUGGAAGUCCUCUGGCCGGGCCAGCCAGAUAGGGAUCGAGCUCGACGCGGUUGCUUUCCUGCAAUGGGUAGCGGAGACGUACGGCUCACCUGACAGGGAUGUGCGGAUGGUGCUCUGGGGUCAUAGUCUGGGUACGGCGAUUGCGAGCUCUGCGGCGGCGACGUACCUGGCCCGGCUGUCAACAGGCGGUCCCCAGGCGGUUCCUAUCGCGGGGAUGAUUCUUGAAGCACCAAUGUCCAGCACCAAGGACAUGCUGAUCAGUCUGUAUCCGCAAAAGUGGCUGCCGUAUCGGUACCUGUGGCCGUUUCUCUGGAACAAUUGGAGCAGUGCGGUAGCCCUGGAGCGGAUGGCGCGGUGGCGGGAUCAAGAUCGUGAUCUGAAGGAGCAUGAGCAUACGGUUCCACCGAUUCUGCUGCUUUCCGCUGAGAAGGACGAAGUCAUCCCGGCAUAUGCGGCUGCGGAGCUGGAGCAAGAGGGCAAGAGACUAGGACUGAAGGUGGACAGACUGGAUGUCUCUGGGGCCAUGCACACAGAGAUACCGAUCAAAGCGGCAGGCAGGCAGGCCAUGAUUGAUUUUAUAAAGAGAUGUACAGCUUCGUAG